GAUAUCAGACAACCAAAGGUCUUAUGAACUGUAUUAUAUAAUUUUCCGCUUCCUCUGUGAUCAGGUUAUGUUUUGAAUUUAAAAAAUUAAUUUGUUGUAAAUUAAAUAUAUUUUCAGAGUGUAAGUUAAUGUAUUAUAUUAAUAUAUUUGUACAGAUUAGUUUUCAAUUAUGCCUGGGAUGUCACUUUUUCUAGUAAUAUUACUAUGCUGUCUACUUCUUCUUUACAUAAUAAUAGGAAAAACAAGACCACCUAUGUUUCCUCCAGGGCCAUCAUGGUUACCAUUGGCAGGAAACUCAUCUUUAAUUAAGCAACUGAGUAUUCUCCAUGGUGGCUUUCACAACGCUUUGAAUUAUUUAUCAAAAAAGUAUAAAACCCCAAUUCUUGGUCUCAAGCUAGGAAGUGAUUUGUUUGUUGUGGUGUUCUCAAAAGAUUUGGUAAAGCAAGUGUUUACAAGGGAUGAAUUUCAAGCCAGGCCAGACAGUUAUUUCAUCAGACUUCGCACCAUGGGCAGUAGAAAAGGAAUAACAAUGACCGAUGGAAGUUUGUGGAUGGAGCAGAGAAGUUUCGCAGUGAAACAUUUGCGUAGUCUUGGUUUUGGAAAAUCACAUAUGGAAUCUCUUAUUGUAGAGGAACUUAAGGACUUGCUGAACUUAUUGACCAACGCAGGGUCGUGUGCACCUCUCAGCAGUUUGUUGGCUCCCUGUGUGUUGAACGUGUUGUGGGCAAUGACAGCUGGUAGUCGCUUCUCUACAGACGACCCUCAGUUGACAAGGCUACUAGAGCUGAUGGCUCUACGAAGCAAAGCAUUUGAUAUGGCCGGUGGAAUUCUCAGUCAACUUCCGUUCUUGGCCUACAUCGCUCCCGAGUGGUCAGGAUAUAACCUCAUCUGCUCGUUGAAUAACGAGUUAAAGUUGCUCUUAGAGAAAACCAUUAUGGAGCACAAGGAUAACAUGGGAGAUAAUAAUGUGCGAGAUUUUAUUGAUGCUUAUCUGAAGGAGAUAAGCUCAUCAAAUGAUCAUUCAUCCAGCUUCUCAGAGGAUCAAUUGAUCAUGGUUUGUCUUGAUUUCUUCAUUGCUGGUUCCCAAACAACAAGUAACACUUUAGCCUUUGCUUUCCUUCACAUGAUCCAAAAUCAAGAUGUACAAGAGCGAGUUUAUUCUGAGAUUAAAAGUUCAUUGGGAGAAAGAACAAUUCCAUCACUCGAAGACAGAGCAAGAUUACCGUAUGUAGAAGCAGUGCUGGCAGAAUCACAGAGGUUUCUUCAUGUGGUGCCUGUGGCUGGUCCUCGUAGAGUUCUAAAGGACACAGUGCUUGGAAAAUACCAUAUACCAAAGGAUACCACAGUGUUGCUCAGUUUACAGUCUAUUCACCAUGAUGAAAAUACCUGGGAAGAGCCAAAAGAGUUCAAACCUGAUCGCUUCUUGAAGGAAGAGAACAGAAAAUUAAUGGACGAACUGUAUCAAUUUGGAAUAGGUAAAAGAAGAUGUCUUGGUGAAGCCUUAGCAAAAAAUUUCAUAUUUCUAUUUUUUACUGGAAUAAUGCGUAAUUUUCACUUAGGAGUGGAAAAUGGAAUGGAUCCUUUAAAAUUUGACUAUAUACCUGGAAUAACCCUGUCACCCAAACCUUACAGUGUUCAUUUAACACCUAGAGAGAAAUAAGAUCUAUAUCGUUUGGUAAAGGUAAUGUCAAGUUAAACGAAAAAUAUUUUUUGUUUGCAGUUUAAAAUAUUUUGUUGAUGGAGGAGUGGACUUGAAAGAUUCAAUCCGGUUUCUUCAAUGCCCAAAAGUAGUUUAGUAAAAAUGCCUUGAGCAGCUUUGUUACUGACUAAGAUCAUAUACGAUUUUUUAGCACAGAUGGAGAAUUUAUUUGGGUUCAGUUUCAAUUAAAUAUCAACAUAUCAAAAACAAGAAUUAAGUGAAGGCUAUUUAGGCUAUUAUAAAGUUUAUAUCAAAAUUAAGACUAUCAAUAAAUUGGCUGGUUGAUGGUUAAAACCAACUAAUAGAAUAACCUGUAUUUUUGUUGCGAACCCCUUUCUGAAAAAUUGUAGAGCAGUUAAGUAGGCGGAAUUUAUAAAAACUUACAAAACAAUUGUUUUAAGGAAGAAUAACCUAAAGCCGGGUUUUCCUAGGCGCGGAAGUGGAGAGCGGCCUAGGCGCGGAAGUGGAGAGCGGAGAGAGGAACGUAGAGAGCGGACUCCAUUCGUCUUAGGUAAUUUAAUGUUACUGUUUUCCUAGAAGCGGAGCGGACCACCAUGUUAAUUUUUUUUCCACUCUCCGCUUCCGCGCCUAGGAAAACCCAGCUUUAGGGUAAAGGAAAGAAUCUGUAAAGACUUAAAUAUUCAGAGGAAGGAUAAAUUAGGCUCAAUCGAUCUAACAGUAUUUUUAGGAACAAUAUUUAUACAGUAUCGUUCAACACUUUUGUAUUACUAUAAAACAUUUUAUACAAACAGUUUUUAAACAUCAUUAAGUUCCACCGAUGUUAACCUUUAACCUCAUAUACAAAACUUGUUAAAACAUGUAGUAUAGAAUAAAGUUUU